AUGGAGGGCUCCUCGAGAACUGCGACAGCGGCCGAUGUUGGCCGUGGUGCACCGUGCUCUGCGUUGCCCAAGGAUUACCGUGUCAUCUUGCCUCCGUUACCAACAGGUGAAGGACAAAGGCGCGCAGUUGUGUUACACUGCGACGUUACUGGACGCCCGUAUAGAAUCGACGACUUCCGGAAGCCCUUGAAGGAUGCUGGAAUAAUUCAGCAGGUAGGCGGCAUUGGUGCAUACCAAAUGUCUCACGUGUGGCUGCUGAACUUGAAGACAGAUGAGGCAAAGCAAGCGCUGCUAGACGCCGGACCGCUACUGGUGAAGAAUCGGCCGUGCCUCAUUAUUGACCCGGCACGGCAAGAGCUCAGGAUCAAGCUACACUGGGUCGCUUUCGAUGUUACUUCUGAGACCAUACGACGAGCCUUUCGAGAGUAUGGUGAGGUAAAGGAAGUCAUCAGCGAUCGGUGGAAGGCGGAGGACUUUGCAGGUGCCGAGUCAACCACUCGUCUCGUGCGUCUUUUUCUGCGUGAGGGUGUCACACCAGACCGCGUCCCGCAUCAGAUGCGCCUUGGUAGUGGCACUGCGCUUGUGGUUGUACCUGGACGUGCGCCGUUAUGCCUUCGUUGCCACAAUACUGGACACAUCCGACGUGAAUGCCGAGUGCCCAGGUGCGCAGCUUGCCGAGCGUUCGGGCAUGAGCAGGCUAAUUGUACUCGCUCGUACGCCAGAGUUGCCAGCGCAGGCGGAGACGUGGAUCGGAGCGAGAUGCUCAUGGACGAAGAAGAAGCGGAGAGCGUGGCUGCAGUGGCGGCGUCUACCAGCCACGCGGCCACGGCGGUCGCGUCCACCAGAGACGCCGUCUCGCAAGAGAACACGGCCGCAGACGCUCAGGCAGGAGACGCCACUCAGGCAGGCGCAUCAACAGUGCAGCACGAAGAAGAGGAAGUUUCGCCAGAACGCACUUCGGAAACAGACUUUUCAAAGCAGCAGCCGCCAACAAGCGUGUCUGGGACUGAUGGGAAAACAGAUACACUCAGAACUGCAGCAAGCGAAGCCGUCGCGCCGCUGGGAGACAAUGACUCCACGGGCGAAGCUGCAAUGGACGCCGAGGCAACACCUGCGAAGCGUCGACUCAACGAAGCAGGCAAGACAUCACAAGACACGCGGCUGCGAGCAAUGGAGAGGCGUGAGAACGUGCCCGGAACCAAGAAGCCUCGUGUGGCCAGCGAACAGCGGUCGGCGUCGCUUACGCGCGGCGGCGGCGGCAAGUCGACGCUCUAG